CGCCGCGGUCGUAAUAAAGACCGGAAGCGGAGCUUUUGUCCAUUCAUGUUACAUACCAAUCAAAGACUUGAAAAGUGGUUAAAGACUAUGAAGUGAGAUUCUUGGGUUCCCAGUAAACACCAGUUCUGCAGUGGCCAUUUUGCUUCUGACUCUUUUGACAUCAGAUGGGGUAUCUGUUAUUGAAAGCAAACUGCAAUCCCAACAAUAUCUUCUUCGCCUGAAGACUGUCAGGGAAAAGAUACUACUAAAAAAAAAAUCUCAGAAGAGAAAAUCGAAGAUGAAAAAGAAGUGUGCUAAAAAGUUAAGUCUGAAGAACCAAUUGCAUCAAAUGAAGCAAAGGAAAACACAGGUAACAAAGAUGUACUACCAGAACAUGCGGAAUUAUUUGAUUCAUCUGCUCUGGUGAAGCCACCAGCUCCAAGAGCAGAAAGCAUACAAAAUAACAUAUUACCUAUUAAACAAGAUACCUUAAAAACAUCAAAAAAUCAAGAUUUAGGUGUAAUUGGAUUGUGUGCAUCUUCUGACAAUCAAAAUUCUACAGCUAUUGCUUGAACUUCAAAUUCUGAAGACAUAGUUAUUAACUAUCUUGUUAAUCCAAACUUUACAAAUAAUUUCAUGGAAACUGUGUCAGGUCAGGAAAACUCAUUCCUCUUCAGCACACUUGAAGAAUGAAACAUAAAUAACAAAUCUUUUACUGCCAUUUUAAUACCCACAGAAAAUUGUAAACCUGCGGUUAAUUCUUUCAUACCAGCUUCCAAGGAAACCAUGGAAAUGGAAGACACGGACAUUGAAGACUCCUUAUAUACGGAUGUAGACCACAGUGCUGAAGUCUUACAUAUUAAACAUUCAUCCUAUGGACAAGAUACAAAUAAGGAACAUCUUUGGCAAAAUGCCUCUAACAUAUACUCAAAGAUCACUCUUGUUGAGCUACAAGAACAACAAAUUCCAGCAAGAUUGAUGUCUUUGGAAACUCUUCAACUACGGCAGAAGAACUGGCUAUCUGAUAACAAUUUAACAAAGAACCAUUUCCCAACAUAUGAAGUCACUGAGAUAAAGAAGUUUUUAAAGCUGUGA